CAAUGGUUUAAGGUCGGAUUAAAAUUGCUGGCAAUGUUUAUAAAUUGGACGUCGACAAAACACCGUGCGCGCAAGGUCGACGACGGCGGAAGGGAACAAUAAGUUAAGAACAGAAAACAUCGUCAGCUGAGCUGAGCGAGGUGAACAUGCCACAUGAGGCGACACAAUAGGAGACAUUUUCUUUGUUGUCGCGGUCUGGGCCGGACAUGGAACUGAAAUUGUCGACAUUUUGGUCGUGGUAGUGGUAGUUGUCCCAGCAUAGAGGAGUUUCCGUCACAGCAGAGAACUUGAACACCAGAAAAGGAACCUUUCAUCAGGAAACUAAAGCCACACAUACAGUUGCGUCAUGGGUAGCACAUCGUCCAAGUUUCGCAAGGCGCUGUACGCCGGCGACGAGAAAGUGGCCGAAGAGUUGUACCACGGCAGCGUGGAGUUUCAGAAGGUGUUUGAUCCCAACUCAUCGUACGGGGAGAACUACAGCCACAACACGGCUCUACACUAUGCAAGCAGGCACGGAAUGCAUAGACUAGUUAGGAUAUUCAUACAGCGGCACAGCGGCAACCCCAACAAACGCAACAGCGACAACCAGACGUCGCUGCACUGCAUCUGCAUGGAGGAGCAGAUCCGGCCGCCCUCCUCAACUUACAGCUACUCCCAGUACUACUACUCGCAGCCGCCGGAGAAGAAGCGUCUGGAGUGCCUGCGACUGGUGCUGGUGUGGCGCGGGAUCGCCAUGGGGGAGGGGGAACGGGAGCAGAUACAGAUAGAUGCCGAGGAUGAGGAUGGCAACACAGCCUUACACUAUGCAGCCGGCUCAGGUUAUCUGUCGUUAGUCGAGAUGUUGUUGGAGCAUAAUGCAUCCAUGUUUGUUGAAAACGCGGACAAGGAGACGCCAUGUGACUCUGCGGAGAGACACCAACACAUCGACAUCGCCCAGCUACUGGAAUCCAAAAUGGUCUUCUCCUCGCCAACUAAUGAAGAGGAAGAUGUAGAGGAAAUAGGUGCCAUACAGUAUGAGGAGGCCUACAGUGGUUUGAGACUGCAGGAGCUCCAAGAAGCUAAAGACUUGGUGGUGGUGGAGACUGCUGAUAUGCUGAGGGUGCCUCUCUUCACAGCUGAAGCCUUACUCAGGAACUUUGAGUGGUCCAGAGAAGCCUUACUAGAAUGCUGGAUCCAGAACCCGGAGGAAUGCUGUGAGAAGUGUGGCGUCAAGCCCCCGGAGAAUCUGGACAGAUUUGCCGAGGAGCACAAGCUGAGCUCGCUAGAGCCCAAGCCGGUUACGCCCCAGGAAGAGCCUAUUAUGUGUGAUAUAUGUACGUCUACUGUACCAGCAGAAGAAAUUAGCAGCGAUACUCUGUGUUCACAUCAGUUUUGCCGAGACUGUUGGGAAAGGUAUCUGAGUGGUAAAAUUAAAGAGGGGAACGCCCACAGUAUUGUAUGUCCCGGCUACGACUGCGACCGUCUGGUACCUGUGGAGACCAUUGAAAAACUGGUAUCCCGCGAGAUGGCAAGGCGGUACUUACAGUUUGACAUCAACGCUUUUGUGGAGAGCAAUCCCAAGCUGAAGUGGUGCCCGGUGGCCGGUUGCGGCCGUGCCGUCCAGAUGCCCCAGCGGGAUCCCACCACCCCGUAUGCCACAAGUAGUAAUAGACCUAGUGGGGCAAGCAGCCCCUCCACCCCACCCUCCAUAUCCCACGCUGUCGACUGUGGCCAGGGACACAUUUUCUGCUGGGACUGCAGUGGUGACGCCCACGAGCCCUGCUGCUGUGAGAACUGGAAGAAGUGGAUGGACAAGAUUGCGGAGAUCAAACCGGAAGAGUUGGCCAGCACAGACAGCGAAACGGAGCUAGCAGCCAACUGUCUGUGGCUUGUCACCAACUCCAAGCCCUGUCCCAAAUGCACGGCACCCAUCCAGAAGAACGACGGCUGCAAUCACAUGAAAUGCACUAAGUGUAAGCAUGAUUUCUGCUGGGUGUGCCAAGAAGCCUGGAGCAAGCACAGCUCAGAGACGGGCGGCUACUUCCGCUGUAAUCGCUUUGAGGUGGUCACCAAGGUUGACGAGAAGGCGGAGAAUCUGCUGACAGAUGCUGAGAAAAAGCACCGUGAGAUGCAGGAGCUGAACCGCUUCAUCCACUUCUACACUCGCUUCAAGAACCAUGCCCACAGUCACAGCCUGGAGGAACCGUUACUACGCAAGGCGGUCGUCAAGAUGAGAAAGCUGGGCACUCGCUCAGGACCGUCAGGUCCUGAGGCGACCAAAUUCAUCCAGGAGUCUAUUCUGGAGUUGCUUCGAGCCCGUCGUAUUCUGCGCUUCUCCUAUCCAUACGGCUACUACUUAGAGGACAGAGGGGGCAGCAAACAAAUCUUUGAAUUCAUGCAGAAUGAGCUUGAGGAGGCGACAGAGACCCUCUCCCAGAUGGUUGCCCGGCACUACCUGCGCACCCCACGCCACAAGAUAGUCCAGGCUGCCCAGCUGGUACUCCGCAAACGACACGAGUUCCUGUCGGCAGUCAGUAAGGGCCUCCUGCCCCCGGACACGCCCCCACGUGUUCCACGCCGGCCCUCCAACCUUCACCAGCCCAGCUGGGAAAGUGACUCGGAUGAAGAGGACGAAGCCUUCCGUCAGGCCAUUGAGGCAUCAUUGCAGGAGGCCGUGGCCCAGGCAGAGUCCUCAACAGCCGAGCAGCAAGAGGAUUCCCCACUGUCAUUCCUGGAUCUGCACCUCGGCAGCCACAGGAAGACGCACAACAGUUCUGGAAACAGAGUGGUAGCUGACCCAGGAAGCAUGACAGAGGGUCUACUGCGAGCGUUGGAGAUGUCCCAGUUACUCCUGAUGCAGCAAACAGAACAACUCCAGCCUCAUGACUUAAGCAGCGCCACGUCCACAGCUAGCACCAACAGCAGCAACAGCAGCAGUAAUAUAACAGUGGCAGCUGGCAACAUCGGGACAUCUGCAGGAACAAGUAAUGGAGCAAACACGCAAGUGACUAGUAGCAGAGGUCUCAAAACAAGUAGUCAGAACACACAGGCCAACACUGGCCAAUCAGUUGAGGCUGGCUUAUCAAGUUCAUUUGACGAGGAUUUCCGGAGAGCCAUUCAGUUGUCUCUGCAGGAGUUAGAGUCAGGCAUGGACACUGAUGCCACUCAGACUGAUGCCCAGUCAAGCCUGAAUCAGCUCCGAGAUUUACCCGAGUACCGCAUCAAGACAGACUCCCACACCAGCAGCCGGACCAGCGGCAGCACCGCCUCCAGCAAGUCUCGCCGCAAGAAGCUUGCCGCCAGGGAGCACAAGUCCAGCAAGGAAUAUGCCCGCAUUGGCAAGGUUGGUUCAUUGGCAUCCAAGACCUCCUCCGUGCUAGGAGGGGAGCUUCCGGUAGGAGGGCUCCUGGAUCUCUCCCAAGAGCUGGAGUCCGAGUUUGAGAGGAUCAAACGGAAGACCCUGUCACCUGAUGAGGAUAGUCAAGCUAGCCAGGGGGAGGAGAAAGAGGCCCUGAAGUCACCCUGGGAGAGGAAAUCUCAACAGAAAAAGAGAACUGUCCCCAAUACGUAUGUACAGUAUCCUCAAAGAGCAUCGUCAUCAAGUGCUACAAAGAGCAGUGACUCUCAAAUGAGCAGAAGCAAUCUUCUCUCUGCUUACUAUGGGAAGACUCCAGAUGAACCAAAGAGUGCUUCCAAGAAUAGUUUGGGAGGUGAACUUUCCAGAGAGAGUGAGGAUUCGGUCAGGGCAGUCCGUGCCUCCAGUGACCCUUACGCUCCUGCCAUUCAGAGUCUCCUGACUCACUUGGAGUCCCAACGGGCAGUAUCGGCAGAGCAUGUCAGCAAAGCAAAGUCUGAGGUCUCAAAAGCUAGGACUUCAUCCUCUGGCUCUGCAACACCAAGUCGAGCAGACAGCAAUAGAUCUGCAGGAAAUGUUGCAGCUCCUGAGAAGCCAACAUCAACUCCUGCCAAACCUGUUUGGCUGGAAGGACCCCUCCUUGCUAAAUCCAAGCCCAGAAAAUCUUCGGAGAGAUCUGGAGAGCCUUCUUUUAAAAGUGCUUUUCCUAAACAAUCUUGCCUGGCUGCCAGUAGUAAGCCGUCAAGCUUAAAUAUAGAAUUAUACCUAUCCAGAAAAGCAACACCGGAGGAGGUAUUGAGGCAAGAAAGGGCUGGUAAAACGUCAAUAAAUGUCAAAUCUGAACCAGGAUCUGCAAAACUAACUUCCAGUGUGUCUCGUACAGACAAACCUGAACCUUGUUCAGCGGUGAAUAAAAAAGGUGCUGCUGCUUCUGAAUCUGGUGCAUUUCAAAACAAAACUGCUCUACCAUCUGCCUCUGGAACGUCCUCAGAGCCUGAAGUAACUGUAGCAGAGCCUUCCUCAACUGAUGAAACACCUCUCCAAGGAAUCAAAGAUGAGGGCUCUUCUUUGAAUAACACCUCAGUUUCUAGUGUGGUGGAUUCCAAGCCUAAAGCAGCAAAGGAUAGGUCGGUUGAUAAGGAUUCAAGCACGGAUUCUCUUGUUGACAGCGGACAGGGCAAGAGCUUGCAGCCCAAGACACUAAUGAGCAUCUCAUCCCUGAGGCAGGGAGAGGUGAAACAGUUAGACACGGAGUCACCUUGGGAGGUACGCCAAAGUGGCAGCACCCCAAGUCCCGAGGCCAGAGCUGUUGACAGCAACUUGUCAUCUAUUGAUAAACUGAGCGUCAGAGCCACAGUUGACAAACCAGUCUGGGAACCAAAACAAAUGACAGACCAGGCUUCAACUGUUGAUGGUUGUGGGGAUGCCCUGCCCAUCCCAUCUGGGCACUCUUGUAGCCUUGAUGAACCUCCAACAUCCCUUGAUUCUCAAGAUACCGAUUGUUCAGGGGAAUGCAAGAAACAGGAUGCAGCCAGUAGCAACCGGAUAGAACUGGCUACAGCCGGUUCCACCCAUCCCAUCUGGGAGCGAGGCGACAGCAGGAAUGUGGAUGGGGAGGAAGGGGACAACCAAGUGUGGCAGAUGUUUAUAUAAUGACACUAAAAUUAGUAGAGUCAAUAGUCCUCAGAAUAAAUUGCAAAUAAUGCUUGAUGACAUUUGUUGGCUAUUCAGGGUCUUUUUGCAGGAGGCUUGUAGGGUCUUCUUGCAGGAGGCUUGCCAGUGGUUAGGUUUAAAACCUUCUUUCAUGCCCUGUGGCCAAUUUUACGGAGUUACCAAGAACCAAAAUUUAAAAUUAAGCAUAGAACUUUCUACUCACAGAAAAUAUUUACCGAGCAAAAGCAGCUAAUAUCAGCUAAAAUGUCAUUGGAUGUAUUCUUUUUUUGAUUGGUUCUUAGCUGAUGUUUUUUUCUCAGGACAUAAAUAUGCUGAGCACAAUUUACUUCUGACCAGCUCCUCGGAAAUUUGCCCUGUUUCUUUUUCCACCUUUCCAACUCUAUCAAAAGCUGUGUUCACAUUGCACUUUUUUUGGUAACAUUAAGAGAGACUUUUUUCAACCUAACCAAAUUAAGUCCAGUAUCGACUGUCAAUUUUAAUUUUUACGGUCCGUAGCGGUAAGUUUUACAGGGCCAACUGGGUCGCGGAAGAAUCACAUGUACAUUGCUAGUUUUACUUAAUGUACUUAAUGAAAUACUUUCCGUGGCCCAAAAUUAAUCCGAAGGAUUAUUGCAAAGGAAUCUUAACAAUCACUCGUGGUAACUUUUUGCAAAAGUAAGUCCAAUGUGAACGCGGCUAAAGAGGUUUAAAAAAUAUUUUUUGAAGUAUUCAAUUUUUUGUAAGCUUCAUGAUUUCUUGAGUCGUAAUCACAGAAACCCAGCCAUUGCCAUGGCCCCUCUUGCAGAAAAAUGAGUUUCCCAUGAUGAUUUCUUGCAACAAAUUUCAGGACAUUGGAGAACUAGUGCUGUCUUCUCUUUUAUCAAGAGGGCUUCUUGAGUUAGUAGUUAACAGGAUGUGUGAGAAAGUGCCACACAACAGUUUUGAUUGAUCGCUACAUUUCUGCCUUCUCAAUUUGUACAUUGUACCUGUCAAUUCAUUGGUCACUGUGUCCAGAUUAUUACAUAAAAAUUACCGGCCUUUACAUAUAGAUGGACGACAUUUGUUCAUCUUUUUGUUGAUUUAUAUAUGCUGUCAGACAACUAAUGCAAUGUAGGAUUCGAAAAUAAUUCACAAUGAAAUGAAAUCAAGAUGAAGGAAUUAUGCUAACAUUAGAUUAAGGAUAUCAUGACAUGCCUUUUUUGUACACUUGAUUUAUAUUACAAUGCCACUGAUCUAUUGAAAAUGCAAGAUAAUUUACUGCGUGGAUAAUUUAUUAAAUAAUUUUGUACUUGGCGAAGGCCAUUUGUGUAUGGCAGCAGCCAUCUUUGUAUGGUUCCCCGUAUGGCUCCAUUUAUCACUAACUGGAUCUUUGGAUGAUUGAAACAUGAACCAGACUAUUUCUCAGACAAGACCCUUUGUAAUUUGCCAAAGUUGUCUUAUUGGAAGUAAAGCAUGCUUGUUGUAUUAAACUGAUAGGGAUAUAAUGAAAAUAUCACAGAAUUUGAAAGAUUUUUAAGACAGGAAUUUAUAAGGAUAUGCCGCUGGACUAUUCAGUCGUAAAUGUAGGUAAUCCCUCAACAAAUAAUGUGUACAGUAUUGUACAUAUAUACAUUAUAAUAGGUGCACAUAUAUUCAGAAAUGCAUGCAAUAUUUAAACUUUAAAAAGUAAGUAUACACAGUGCAAGAUGAAUUCGUUUUUCUUUCCAGUGCAAAUGCUGUGUGUGAUGCAAUGUAGUAGGUAAGUUGGCCUUGCGCAAGUCUACUUUUUCUUUGUUGUAAAAACAAUGCAUUUUAAUUGGGGUUUUGUUAUUCCACAAAAAUUAAGCCUAACAAUGUAAGAUUGCAGUUGUACAGCAAAAAAAAUAUAUACACUUCUCUCGCUUAUACUUAUGACCCUGACUAAAAAUGACCCAUUGAAUCUGUUGAACUCCAAAAUGGGUCUCUCUGGACAUUAAGAUUAUUUUUAAUUAGGUUUGACAUUUUCAGUUUUCAGUGAAAUUUGUGGAACAUGUUUCUAAAUUAAGGAGUGAAUGCAGUACUCUGCAUAAAAUUCACCAUUGCAGCCUCGGUGAAAUAGCAAUUGAAAACGUGUAAACAAAAAAAUUAAAUGAGUUUUGGACAACUCAUUUCAAAUUUUGUUCAGAAAGUAAAGACACUUUUCUUAAAAACUUUUUACGCAAUUAAAUUGGCAUCGAAGUACAUGAACAUGUAGUUCUUUCUUUCCGUGCUGCCCAUUAACAGCUUUUAAAACUUAAGUGUUUUUAAAAAAAAUCCAUUAUUUAGUGGAUGUCAAAAACAUCAGAUUUUUUUUUUUAUGGGACAACGAGGCCUGUCCCCAUGCAGAGGAAGCGGAUUCUGAAUUUACCUUUAAACCCUUUUUAUCUUAAAAGUGAUCGCCCAAAGUGAAUAUCCUGUCAGUAUUACGAGCGCAUCAGUCACGAUGCCUAUAAUUUCAUAUUACUACCGGAUACAUCUUGAAUGUGAUGGAUGCAGUAGAGACCACUGGAUGCGACACCAUUUUAUGGAUGAACCGUGGCCCAGUAAUCCUCUGGUUUCAUUUAAUAUAAUCAUUCGUUGUAUUGAAGUUAGUGGGUAUGCAUUUUCUUUUCUCUAUAUAUAAGGCACUUCUUUAUAAUGUCCAAGCGUAACCAAUGCACAGAUUCACUUGGUUUUAAUGUGCAGAUCGUUAAUCCACGAUCGUGUAGCACGGUUUAUGAAACAUUUCAGUGCAAAGAUUUUGUUUAGCAAAAACAGAGGAACCAACAGAGUCAUUUGCAUUUUACUAGGAAGAAAUAUUCAGGCCAACAAAUAAUGUCAGAUACUGCCUGGGUAGAUUGACUUGAACCUUUCCCGACAUUGUUGUCAUUUACUCGGACUUGAUCCAGCUUUGUCCAGACUGGGACCUUUUUUCCCUAAACUUUUUUUUUAUGCCACCUGGUACAGACUUGAAACAUGAUUCUUUUCAGUACCAGUUCCACAUCUUUUACUCGGAUGGUAUACUUGUGGGGAAAAAACUCGGGCAAGUCAUACUUACAAAAUAAGACCAUACUGCGUCCCAUCUCUCGCUUGGCCUCGUUGUUCCAAUUCGUGCCUUGUCCUGUUUUCAUACCAAUUUACGCGAGGGUUCUGCAUAACAUUGGAUGCAUGGCCAUGGAAAAACCAUGUUAAGCGGCCCUACAUAAUGCAGCGAAUGUGUCUUGAGUGGUGUCAUGUUUUAAACAUCCCCUCUAUUGCAAUGGGAUUGAAAUACCUGUUAACAGAUAAAGAGAAAGUGCAAGAAACCUUAAAGUGUUCUUGGAUGUCAAGUCCUUAGCAUUACAUUUUACUUUUAGAUACAAGCCCGCAAAACGAGAUUUCUAUUACCAUCUGUCAGUAAGUGCAUGCUUCUGUCUAAGAAUAACAUUUGAUAUUAGUCGAGAUAUAAAGCACGUAUACCCGUAAUUUCAAACUGAUUGAUGUUAUACUGUUUGCCUUUUGAGGCACGAGAAUUGUAAAUGCUCUUGCGGUGUACUACCGACAACAUUAAAAUUUAUAUAUGGAUUGGAUACCUAUUUAAUAUCACUGCAAAUCGUUGCUAUAUUAAUAAAUACAAGGUGGAGAUAAUA